CCAUUUCUCUCUAACACUCACCUCUCGAUCUCGAUCGAAAAAAAUCGGAAAAAAUAGGAGAAAAAUCGGGCGAAAAUAAACAAUGGGGGAGCUCUCGGAGACGUACGCGUGCGCGCCCGCGACGGAGCGGGGGCGCGGGAUCCUGAUCUCCGGGGACGCGGCGACGAGCACGAUCGCGUACUGCUGCGGCCGCUCCGUGGUGCUGCGGCGACUCGACGCGCCGCUCGAGGCGGAGGCGUACGGCGAGCACGCGCACGCCGCCACCGCCGCGCGCUUCUCCCCCAACGGCGAGUGGGUCGCCUCCGCCGACGUCUCCGGCGCCGUGCGCGUCUGGGGCCGCCGCGGCGACCGCGCCCUCAAGGCCGAGUUCCGGGUGCUCUCGGGGCGGAUCGACGAUCUCCAGUGGUCCCCCGACGGGCUCCGCAUCGUCGCCUCCGGGGACGGCAAGGGCAAGUCCUUCGUCCGCGCCUUCAUGUGGGAUUCAGGUACAAAUGUUGGCGAAUUUGAUGGCCAUUCAAGAAGGGUACUGAGUUGUGCAUUUAAACCCACGAGACCAUUCCGUAUCGUUACUUGUGGAGAAGAUUUCUUGGUGAACUUCUAUGAAGGACCACCUUUUAAGUUUAAACAAUCACAUAGGGAGCAUUCAAAUUUUGUAAACUGUAUACGGUUUUCUCCUGAUGGAACCAAGUUCAUCAGCGUGAGCUCAGAUAAAAAAGGUUUAAUAUAUGAUGGAAAGACUGGAGCAAAGAUUGGAGAAUUGUUGACCGAAGACGGUCACAAAGGAAGCAUCUAUGCUGUUAGCUGGAGCCCUGACAGUAAACAAGUGUUGACAGUCUCUGCUGAUAAAACUGCGAAAGUAUGGGAUAUCACUGAGGAUGGCAAUGGAAAGGUGAAUCGAACAUUGAUUCCUCCUGGUUCAGGAGGUGUAGAUGACAUGAUUGUCGGUGGCCUAUGGCUUAAUGAUUAUCUCGUCGUGGUUUCUCUUGGUGGUACAUUUAAUGUAUACUCGGCAAGCGUUCCAGAUAAAGAACCAGUAACAUUUUCGGGACACAUAAAGACUGUCGGUGCACUGGCCUGUGUUCCACUAAAUGGGCAGAAAACCAUAUUAUCUACGAGUUAUGAUGGAGUUAUUAUAAGAUGGAUACAAGGCAUUGGAUAUGCUGGUAGGUUGGUGCGCAAGGAUAACACUCAGAUCAAAUGCUUUACUGCUGUUGAGGAAGAGCUCAUCACAUCAGGGUUUGAUAAUAAGGUUUGGAGAAUUCCUCUAAAUGGAGAUCAGUGCGGAGAUGGCGAAGCAGUGGAUGUCGGGUCUCAGCCAAAAGAUCUCAGUGUAGCAGUUCAGAAGCCUGAAAUCGUAUUAGUUGCAACAGAUUCAGGAGUAGUCAUGCUUCGUGGUAAUAAAGUAGCUUCCCCAAUAAACGUUGGGUAUACUGUCUCUGCAUUGGCUAUUGCCCCAGAUGGGAGUGAGGCCAUCGUUGGUGGUCAGGAUGGUAAAUUGCACAUAUAUUCUGUUAAUAGUGACUCUCUGACAGAAGAAGCGGUCCUUGAAAAGCACCGAGGUGCUAUCACUGUUAUACAUUAUUCCCCAGAUGCUUCCAUGUUUGCUUCAGCUGACACCAAUCGAGAGGCUGUUGUGUGGGAUCGUGUAACUAGAGAGGUGAAGCUAAAGAACAUGUUAUACCACACUGCCCGCAUAAACUGCAUAGCCUGGUGUCCAGACGGUCGAUUGAUCGCCACUGGCUCGUUGGAUACUUCUGUGAUCGUGUACGAAAUCGACAAGCCCGCGUCCACUCGCAUCACGAUCAAAGGAGCUCACUUGGGAGGGGUAUAUGGAUUGUCUUUUGUCGACGAGAACAGCGUGGUUAGCGCAGGGGAAGAUGCGUGCAUUCGUGUGUGGAGAUUAACACAGCAGUAAAAUCUUUAAUUUGGCAGAGCUUGAAAUGUUCCACGGUUUAAGAAGAAUAAGCAGUCCACAGGCGUCGUCUUGCGUAAUAUCAGUUUUGGUGAUUUUAAAUUCCAAAGCAGAGACUAAAGCAGGUACUCAAUAGUCUCAACUCCGGAUAUUACAUUUUUCGUAGAUCUCUAUAUCUACCGCUGCUAUAUUUGAUUACAUAGUUUGAUCUGUGAGAGUUGUUUGUCGUGUGAGGCUUGCGACAUAAAAAUUCGUUUGGUUAUAUCUUCUUUGUAUCUUUUCUUUUUUUCAUCUUUGUGAUCAUCGCCACACAAGAUUGUUGGAUGUGUUUGGUGUCUUUGCAGAUUUGAACAGUUCCUGUAGAGGCAUAGCUUUGUGGAAGGCAUCAUGGACAUUAGCCUUUAAGUUGUUUUGUUUUGUGUUUUUCUUGAAUGAGAUCGGAUAGAAUCUAUCUAUUCUUUUUAAU